UUAUAUAUAUAUCGGGUAACUCCGCGGAGCAACUAAUUUGAUUUUACUGGCGAUAUUGGGAGCUUGUCGAGCUGAUGGCUGAAACGCAGUUGCUAAAUCUUCAUGCGUAUGGGGGGACACGGAUCUUUUGAAGAAUAAAGUCUCUAAAGCGUGCUGGACUAUCUCGAGGAACUGGGAGUACUCAUUUGGAUUUUAUUAGCAUUCAAAACUUAAAAGAAAAUAGCUGCUGAAUUAUUAAAGCCAAAGGCCCUCUUUCCUCACCAUCUUGAACUAUUUCUUAAUUUCAUGUAUUCAUUUCAGUCUUGCAGUAUAUGUAAGGAAGUAUUGCUGCUUUGUAGUCGGCUCCCUUUUUUGUUUUUAUUUUUUAGAUUCACUUUUUUUUCCUUUGUAAAGAAAUGCUUUACCUGAAAAAGUACUUCACAGAGGGCCUGAUUCAGUUCACCAUUCUCCUGAGUCUCAUUGGGGUGCGGGUGGACGUUGACACCUACCUGAGCAAUCAGCUUCCCCCACUGAGAGAGAUCAUUCUGGGCCCCAGCUCAGCCUACACACAGACACAGUUUCACAACCUGCGCAACACGCUGGACGGCUAUGGCAUCCAUCCAAAGAGUGUGGACCUUGAUCAUUUCUUUACCACGCGCCGGCUACUGAACCAGGUGCGCCAACUGGAUCGCCUCUCUGUGCCCAGUACUGAGCUUAACACCUGGCUGGUGCAUCGCGACCCAGAGACUGUGGUGUCCGCUGCUAGCCAAUCCAGCCCUAGCAUCACCCUGGACAAUGGGGCCAGCCUAGAGGACGUUAACAACCCUGACGCUUCCCCGGCCAUGAGGGGAGGAGGUGGAGCACCUGAAUCCACCUACAACCUGAAUGCAGCGGACAGCAGCCUGGGAGCUGUGGCACCCGGGGGUAUCCAAGAGCAGGGCAGGGAUGGCAACGAUGACCUCAGCAAAGAGGACAUUGAUUUGAUUGAUAUCCUGUGGCGACAGGACAUUGACCUUGGUGCGGGAAGAGAAGUAUUUAACUACAGCAAUCGUCAGAAGGAGAAUGAAGAGGAGAAGCCCAGCCCACAGGAAAACAAGGAAGUGACCGAAGCACAAGAGAGCUGGAGAAAUGGAGUAAACUUACAAGGAGCUCAGCCAGUGGAUGGGGAGACUGGAGAGAGCAUUCCAGAGCAGCUAACAGGCAUUGGGUCACAAACUUCACUGUCUCUACAAGAAUGUCUGAGACUGUUGGAGGCCACCUUCCCUUUUGGAGAAGAGUCUGAGUUUCCAGCCCCAGUUGUCACCCCAGAGAUAGGGGACUCCAAUGAAGAAGCACCCUCUACAUCUCAGGGUCUCCCUCUGGUACCAUCACUGCCCCAGGCAGAGCCACAGUUGGACUUGGAGCAGCAGUGGCAAGACAUCAUGGCUAUCAUGGAGCUACAGGCAAUGGAAGUAAACAGUACUUCGUUAAACAGCAGCUCCACCAGUGUCAGCAGCAGUAGUGGGACACCUGACUCAAACACAGUAGGAAGUUUUGGACUUUCCUCCCGUUCAACACUAAUAAACCAGGAUGUCAGCCUUCACCAGGCCUCUCUUCCCAGCUGCAGCCAAGACUUUCCCCCUCUUUUCAAUUCCCAGCUGGAUCCCACUAGCAGCACACCAAGGCCCACCACACUCAGACUCUCCUCCAGCAACUCCUCCAACAUCAACUCUACAUUUGGGGCUACUAACCUGACUGGACUCUUCCUUCCGCCACUUAUGAACAGCACUAACAACAUCACAUCCACCCCUAUACUGCCUGAUCCAUUCAGCACCUUGCUGGAAGAGUCCAUGCUAGAUGAGAUCAGUCUGCUGGACCUUGCCAUGGAAGAGGGCUUUAGCCAGGCCCAGGCUUCCCAGUUGGAGGACGAACUUGACUCAGACUCAGGUCUCUCCCUGGACUCCAGCCACAGCCCAGCCUCCCCUAGCAGCUCUGAGACCUCCUGCUCCUCUGCAGCCUCCUCCUCAUCCACCUCUGCAACUUUCUCCGAGGAGGGAGCUGUGGGAUACAGCACUGAUUCUGAGGCAGCCACCGUGGAGACGGAGGAAGGUGCUGUUGGCGGCUACCAACCUGGAUAUAGCAAGCUCUGCCGCAUGAGCUAUCAGGACCCCUCCCAGUUUCACAGCCUCCCACAGCUUGACAACAUCAGCCACAAUCACACAUAUAAUCUGCCCCUUUCCUCUGCAUUCUCGGAACGUCCAGAGCUCCCGAUUUCAACUAGCAAGAAAACUGUCCGUGACAAACAGAACUCUAAGCUCCAGCCCCCUCAGGACUUACUUGACAAGCAGUCUAGUCGUGAUGAACGCCGAGCCCGGGCAAUGAAAAUCCCCUUCUCCAAUGAUAAGAUAAUCAACCUGCCCGUGGAAGAGUUCAAUGAACUCCUAGCCAAACACCACCUGAGUGAAGCGCAACUAGCCCUCAUCCGUGACAUCCGCAGACGGGGCAAAAACAAGAUGGCAGCCCAGAACUGCCGCAAGCGCAAGUUGGAUACCAUCCUCAACCUUGAACAGGGAGUCCAUGACCUCAGACGCGACAAGGCCCGCCUGUUGAAGGAGAAGAUGGAGUUCAUUCGUUCCAUCCGGCAGAUGAAGCAGAAAAUGCAAAGUCUCUACCAAGAGGUGUUCACCCAGCUGCGAGAUGAGGAGGGCCGACCCUACCCUCCCAAUGAAUACUCUCUCCAGUACAGUGCUGAUGGAAGCGUGCUGAUAAUGCCACGUGGUGUGACAACUGCUGAGCAGAACCGGAAGCCUGAGAAAAAACAAAAAGACAAAAAGAAGUGAGGGGUGGGAGCUGCUGUUGAUUCUUUGACUUUGCUAAAUCAAUAGGAAAGAUUUCUGCAGACGCAAGAGAGAUGUCCUUUUUUUUCUUUGAGAAAAUUCUGAUGAGAAGAAAAACAGCAUUGUCGGCUACUCUUCCUGCGUUAGUUUUUCCCCUUUCUUUUUGUUCCUGCGUUUUGGGUUUUUUUUUCCAGGAAGUAACUUUGAAGCAGAGGAUCUUCAUUUGAAUACUGAUUUCAUUGUUUUGGAGGGGGAAAAGGAAUAAACAAGGGAAAAAAGGGGCACGAAAGGACUUACAAUGGGCAAUUCGUGAAAAAAAAUCUGCUCUAGAUCUUUUGGCACCAAACCACUGAAGAGGGAAGAAUAGUUGUCAUUUAUGUCAAGUUGAAUGAAGGAGCUAGCAUCAAGAGAAGUGGAUGUUAAAAAAAGAACAUUGUCAACAUGGAUGGUUGCAUACCUAUGCAUUGGUGGUAAGGUUUUUCAAGGACCACUAGAUCAGAUCUCACCUUGGAUACUUUGGUGAUUUUCAGUGUCACCAGGGUUUGUAAGUUCCAAAUGUUCAGGCAAAGACCGGCGUCGGAAGGCUUUGAGAGAUUUGAUACCAAAGGCCACAGGAAGUUCAUUGUUUAAGGAUGCCAUAAUCACCAGUACUAACCAAAGGUUGUAUGGUGCACUUCACUUGCUCUGUAUACAACACAGUAAAUGAUCCAGCACUGCACUCUGAUGCAAUGGGUUUGAAUUGCAAGUUAAAUUUUUUUUUUUUGACUUGAAUACCAUCAUUGACUUCCACGUUUUGAGGGCCCUGAAGAGAUUGAAUUUGACUUGAAUUAGAGUGGGUGAGGCUUGGGAGUGUAUUCCUGGGCUGGCCGAUGAUGAGAGGUCUAGAGGUGGAAAUCUGUGAGGGGAGCAGAUGGACGUUUUAAGGAGGAGGCACACUGCAUUGGGAAAUGUAUUAGCUUCCGUAUACUUAUACAUAGCACUGUAAUUUGUCCCUCAAAGGCUUGGCUAUAUGCAUUUUGCUGUGUCUCUUGCUGUUCCUCCGCUGCAGGUUUGAAGGUGGGAGCUGCAAAUGACAAGGCUCUAUCAAAAAAAAAAAAGAUCAUAAUCUGUAGUAUAAGCAGGGUUAUAGGUCUAGCUAUGUCAGCUUUAUGUAAAGUUCACAUCCCCUUUAUUGACUUGAAGAGUUUGUGUCCGGCCUGUAAUCACGAUUUAGAAAUGCAAGUGGCCAGAGGACUUCAGAGUACUGAUCAAUGGACUAGCAGUAAUGGACUGUACUGAACGCAUACUGCAAACUCCUUAUUGUCAUAAUUGUAAGCAAUGUGGUUUCUGGUUUGCUUUCUUGAAUGGUGACUGAGUUUCAAGUAUUAACUUCAAAUGAGCUCAGUUGGGGGCAGUGGUUAAGUGUUAGUCCGUUGGAGUAACUAAUUUGCCAAUGUUGUCAUUAUGUCAAUAACAACUCGAGGUGGGUAGACUUUUCUUUUUUUUUUUAAUUUUACUGCGGAAAAGCCAAGCUGUCGGGUAAAGUACUUUACGCCGAAGGUUUUGUGUUGACGGUGAGCCAAGUAAAUAUUCCGAGUGACAUAACGGCAGAAUGUGUGAACACGUUGGUUUGAAUGCAUUUAAUGCAUUUACUUUCCAAGCUCAAAUCUUUAUGAAGAUUUUGAGAACUUAAGAAAACCGUUCUCAAAAUAGAAGUGCUAUUACUUGUGUCUUUUUGAAUGAAGUCUGUCAGUACAUGUGUAGUGUUACCUGAUUGAAAUAAUUAAGGCCAAUUUCACAGCUCGGAUAGCUGUUAGAUUAGAGUUAAAUAGUCACGAGGGGCAGAAAAGAACUUGCAAUUUUUAAAAGAUAAAGUCUCCCAGGAUGAAUUUUGAAAGGAGACGUUACUGUUAAAGUUGUUCAUUAAACAUGGUAUUCAGGCAUGGUUCUCAGUUAUACUGGUAACAUUCACUUCAAUGCACCUAUUGAGUUACAAUUUUAGUGCACUGCUUUUGUACGUCUUGUUUGUUCUGUAAAUAUUUUCAUGUUUUGUGUUGGUCACUUUUUCUGUAGUCUGUCAUGUCUGUACGUCUCCAUAACCUUCUCACCCUCAGCUUUGGGUUUGGAUGUAGUUUUCUCUCGUUUCAUUUCGAAAUAUUUUGCUGGCAAUCUGGAAUUGUUUUUGAUUAUUAAUAAAGGUGUUUUUAUUUUCAACUGUGAGUCUGUGCUUUGGCGUCAUUAAUAAAUGGGCACGGUUAAAGUGUAAAGAACCCAAAACAAGUGAUCCUGUUCUUUCAUUCACAAGCGCGCUCUCUCUCUCUCUUACACACACACACACACACACGAGACAGCACAUUAA